GGGAGCCCCUCCUUCCUUUCCGGCCGCCCGAGCCGGCUGCGGGGCGCUAUAAGGGCCGGGCGGGCACGGGGAUGAGCACCAGCCCCCGACGGCACUCCCCUGACGCCGGCGCUUGGUCGCCCAGCAGCGCCCGCCACCCGGCGCCCUCCAUGGCCGUCUACUGCAGCGAGGCCUUCGGCGUCUAUCCGCAGGCGGGUGCCGCCUCCGCAGCCGCCCCCUCGGGCCCAUCCGGGCAGAGGACUGCGGGCGCCUACGCGCUGGGCGACUACGGGGCGGCGGCGGCGGCGGCGGGCUACUUGUGGGGCGCUCCGUACGGGGCGGGCGGGGGCUCCGGGGCGCCCUUCCCGGGCUACGCGGCGUCGGCGUCGGGGGGCGUCGGCGGGGCGGCGUCGCCGUCGGAGCUGGGAUGGCUGAGCGCGGCCGGGCCGGAGGAGCUUCUGCGCCUGGUGCGGCCGCCCUACUCGUACUCGGCGCUGAUCGCCAUGGCCAUCCAGAGCGCGCCGGGCCGCCGCCUCACGCUCAGCCGCAUCUACCAGUUCGUGGCCGACACCUUCCCCUUCUACCGGCGCAGCAAGGCCGGCUGGCAGAACUCCAUCCGCCACAACCUCUCGCUCAACGACUGCUUCCGAAAGGUGCCCCGCGACGACGACGACCCCGGAAAGGGAAACUACUGGACCUUGGACCCAAACUGUGAGAAAAUGUUUGACAAUGGGAAUUUCCGUCGCAAGCGCAAGAGGCGUUCAGAGAUCAGCGUGCCUAGAGUGGCUUCCCCUACUUCGGCUUUCGGGUUUUUGAAAACAGAGGACCGGCUGCCCAGUACUUCUGCUCCAGGGAAGCCGCCUCCCAGGUGUUCUUCGCCAGAGCGGCAGCCGUCCGCCUCCAAAAGUGCCUCUCCGCCUCUGAUGGUCUCCCCCACACCCAGCUGCCUGGGCACCUUCUUCAGUGGCAUGAACUCGCUGAGCAGCGGAGGAGGCCGCUUGGCCGGGAGCAUUGGCAGUGAGCUGCCUCACAGAAGCCUGUCUGCUGGGCCACUGAGUGCAGGCGGUUUUACGCCUUCUGGCAGUUUCCCUCAGGAAGUCCCUCCCACAGAGCAGUUGCAACGGGUUCCAGGUCCCACCAGUGCCUACUACAGCCCUUUGCACCCUGGCAGCGGCAGCCAGGCCGGCCAGUACAACCACUUGUACAACUUCACCGUUAGCAGCCUCAUCUAUGCUCGGGAGGGCACUGAAGUGUAGGGGGGGUCAUGUUGAUCUCAGGAAAAGGCUCACUGGACAUCCCUGAAGACAUCCCUGAAGACCUUCUCCAGGUCAGCCACCUUCAGUGGUUUUCCCAAGAACAAAAUGCUCUGUGAAAAAAUGCACAGGUACUAAAAGGCUUUUUACAUUGUCUAUGCGUGUUGCCAUAUUGUGGAAGUGAAGGCCAUCUGAUUGAGAUUUUUAAAGUGUUUAAUAUUGAGAUUAGAUUUAAUUAUUAGCGGAUAGCGAGAAAGAGGACCGAGUGUAUAAAAUCAGCCACGGAAACUCAUUUUCCAAUGUUAGGGGGGAAGUGGAGGUCAGCCUCUCUUUCCAAGCAUCAGAGUGUCAAGAGGAACAGAUGAAAACAUUUGAUAAAGUGCCUUAAAUAAUGUAAUGUAAACCUUUUUCAAUUAUGACCUAUUGAAACUACUCCCAGAUCUAUGGGCUCAGCUUUUGAUCGCUGGAUCCCUCCGCUUCAUGCAGCCUGCUGUGCUCCUGAGUCCCUGUGACUGUGGGCCUACAUCUCACUGGAUAAGAGGCAAGCUGUGCAGAAUGCGAUAGACCAAAAAGUGUGGGGUGUGUGGGGUUGAGGGAAUAGAUUGUUUUGUGGACGGAUUUGCUCCUUCCAGUCUUAUAAAUGAACAGAUCUCUGCCAUCAAGUCUCAGACUGAAUUGACUCACAAUUUCUUGGAUGCAGGAUCAAAUGAAUAAAAACGUUCUGGAGGCCAAUAAACUCUGGCAGUUUACCAGAGUUACCUUUAUGGAACUUUGUGGAGGCAUCACAUCCAUUCUUUAUGUGUUGGAGGGCUGUAACCCUCCAACCCUUCAUGGGAAAAAGUUCAAUCCAAAUCAAUGGUCCCAAAAGCUACACAGGUGUCCAGAAGAGGACAGUCCUCUUGGAGCUGUAGGUCGAGUGAUUGCACACCACAGUAAAAACUCCCUGAAUGCAGAAAGGGAGCAUAUUUCAGAGGAGGGGUCUGUGUUGCUCUGUAUCCCCUGUGUGGCUCUGGGAGGCCCUCGCUUCCAUGUGGAGAGUGUGUAAGGUCUGGAAGCCAGUGAUCCAUACCUCCUGGCCCACAGCUGUCCUUCUACCAAAGACACAGUUUUAGCAGGAAAAUGAGAUCUUGCAUCUCUGUCAUAUUUCACUAUGUAAAUUUAGUUUACGUGAAUACGUUAAUAAAUUAUGGCCUCGGAUCUGUACUUAUUUAAAUGUUUUGGUAACAUUUUAAUGGUUUUUGCCUGUUUUUGGUAGCAUUUUAAGGAAAUGUCGGGAAUAAAAGAUUCAGUGUUGUUACUUUUA